UGUCCAUUAGAGCUACGUGUAAAACCAGAUUUCACACAUACAGGUUGUUAAAAAAUAUGUAAUUGACAAGAAAAACAUUAUUUCUUCUUGUUUUUUUGUUCAUGAAGUAAUAGUUUGUUUAAUUAAAAUCUACUAUAAAAUAUAUAGUAACAGUAAAAGCAUGGCUCAGGAAAAGAGACAAAUAUCUCCAAUGCUUGCAAAAAUUUUAGCCACGGAUGUAUACAUGACAGAUCAGUUUGUCAAAACAAUGGAUAAACUUUUACCUUUUCAUCAACUCAAAACACAUCAUAAAAUGCUAGAGAUAUCGUGUCAUGGACUAACUUGGAUUCCAGCUUGGAUAGCUUUUAUCUGGGUAUUUAGUAGUAAAAGCUUAUUUCAAAUGCAAGUAAAUUUUCUCAUAGGUUUACUCUUGGAUGUUGUUAUUGUUUCCUUGUUGAAAGCUAUUACUAGGCGUCGAAGACCUACUAAAGCUAGUGCGAUAGAUAUUGGACCAGAUAAAUUUUCAUUUCCUUCUGGUCAUGCUUCAAGAGCCUUUUUCAUAGCUUGUUUCUUCUUGUAUAAUUGGCCUGUGCAUUUUAUUUUUGUACCACCUUUAUUAUGUUGGUCAAUCAGUAUUUGUAUAUCAAGGAUCUUAAUGAGGAGGCACCAUCUUCUUGAUGUCUUUGUUGGCUGUAUAUUAGGAAUUAUGGAAGCAUUAUUCAUUGGACUUAUAUAUUUAAAUUAUGAAACCAGUGCUGAUUUAAUCUGGUGGUUGACUGAUGAAAAAUUAGAUGGUGGAGAGUAUCAUGUGUAAAAAAUGUAACUCCUUUAAUUAUA